GGCAGAGAGUGGUGGAGGACACUGAAUGGAGGUCAGUGGAGGGAUUGGCAGAGAGGGGUGGAGGUCAGUGGAGGGAUUGGCAGAGAGGGGUGGAGGACACUGAGUGGAGGGGUGGAGGACAGUGAAUGGAGGCCAGUGGAGUGAUUGGCAGAGAGGGGUGGAGGACACUGAGUGGAGGCUGUUGGGAUUGGCAGAGAGGGGUGGCAGAUACAGAACGCAGCAUUCAUGAUAGACUGGGGUGGGGAUAGCCUGCGAUGAGGUCGGCCAAUGAGGAGGGAGUUACAAUAGUCAAGGCGAGAGAUAACAAGGGAGUGAA